AUGCGACCGUUUGGAGUGCUGCUAGCAGCGUCAUGGGCGAUCAUCGCGAGUGAAGCUUCGUCGAGGCUGGACGUGAUCGAUUUGCCGACAGGAUUCUUUCCGGAAGGCAUCACCAACGGCGAAGGAUGGACUGCCUUCGUGGGCUCAUUGUUAAAUGGGAACAUCUGGAAGGGCGAUCUCGAAACCGGCCAGGGCGAAGUGUUUGAGCUUGGCGCUCCGGGCCCCGCCGUAGGUCUGGACCACGACCGCCGAUCUGACUAUCUUUUCGUCGCUGGGGGACCUGUAGGCACGGCACGCGUGUACGAUGAGGAUUUUGCUUUGGUCGCAGAUCUGGCCCUGAGUGAUGGCAACUCGUCAUUUGUGAAUGACGUCAUCAUCACCAAGACCGCCGCAUUCUUCACGGAUUCGUUUCAACCGAAGAUAUACAAGGUGAACCUCGACAGGGAGACCGGUGCGUUGGUGGAUGGAUUGGCCGUCCACACGCUCGUCCUCAGCGACAACGUUCCCGUGUUGGAAGGCGCGUUCAAUGUAAACGGCAUCGAGGCCACAGACGACGGCAGCGCGCUAGUCAUUGUCAACAUGGAAUCGCAGCAGCUGUUCGCCGUCGACCCCGACACCGGUGCUGCAACUUUGAUCGACCUCGGAGGCGAGCUCCUUCCUGGCAGGGGCGAUGGACUGGUGCUGCGAAAAAAUACGCUCUGGGUCGUCGACAACGCACUCGAACAAAUAUUGGAGGUGUCUCUUGCGGCGGACCUGUCUUGCGGAUCACUGGCCCCCCGCGCGCUAUCAAACCCCCUCUUCGACACUCAGACCACUGCCAUGCGCAAGGGAAACUCUCUGUACGCCGUCAAUGCCAAGUUCGGCGUGGCCGCAGAGGACGUCGCCACCACGGCUUACGAGAUUGUUCGUGUUGACCGAGACAGCGGGGAGCUGGUGUGCUAAUUGGACCCUCCAAGAACGCUCUUUAGCUGUUACAUAUUAUGCAUGUAUGAGCUGGUUUGCUUAUUGAACCCUCCAAUAGCGCUCGUUAUAUCUUUUUCAGCUGGUAGUAUGCAUGAAACACGUUGGAAUAGUCGUAACAACAGGUUUGGCGCACUCACUCACUCAAACCAAGAACAACGUUUCAUCAGGCCUGAAUUACUGAAUUUCAAGCAUGGCCUACUGCUGCUGCUGCUUUUAACGUCCGUCCCAGAGACGGUUGAAUCGAAUGGGAACCUGGUGUUUCACCGUUCAACCAAGCAUUACCGCUGUUAGGCAGAUCGCUGUUGUUUCGAUGCCCCCCGAGUCGACCGAAACAGUUCUCGUACUCUGAUUAUGGAUGUCAUGGCCGGCCUUGGCUAGUAAUUUUGACUGGUAUUAUGGAUGUCGAUCCUCUUGGUGUUAGCAAUCGUAGCCGCCUCUGUACUUAAGAAUAUGUCGAUACAGCUGCUUUGUCUUCAUCGCGUCCUGGCCAAAAAGGAACAACCCUAACGUGUC